AUGCCAAUCAUUAAUAUAUCUCCCCACAAGAAGCGUGGAAGAUCAUCAUGGGUCUUCUUCCCAAGUCAGAAAGUCCGUAUACUCGACCAAGCUAAUUUCGAUGGUACCACCUCAACCCAUGAUGGCAUCAAAGCGCGCUUUCGACGCCAAAGCUCUCGUGUGAUGUCUCGUCUCGGUAUCUCAUCCAAGGACGAUUGUGGAGAUGACAAUGGGAACCACCAACUGAUUGCGGACCACAACAGUUUUGAGCGGGACGACACCUCGAGCACGAUCAUCAGGUCUCGGAGCCAUCAUAGCCGCCGUCAUUCUUCCAGUGUGCCAGGCAUGGCCCAUCGUUUGUCACAUAAAUUCUCUUCUACCUUUGGGUACCCAACCGUUGUCCACCGUACAAGCCUACGUUCAAGGCCCAGCGUUCGCUCUGUCAGGGGAAGCGUCGAGCCCAUGCAGUUAGAGAGCCCUACGAGUCCUCUAGAUGUCUCCGCUGCGUCUACCUACAACAGUCGCAGCGGUUCUUCGCCUGCGCAGCUCUCCACAAAUCCAACGUCGGAUGGCCUCAGUACCUCCCCUAUCCGCUCUACAGCCCGUAACGUACCUUUCACUGAAAACUCUCGAAUGCUCACCUUCACUCGCGAUUUUUCUGCAACUAGGCUAGCGCCAAUCCGCGAGACACCCAGUAUUGUGGUUCCGUCCAUUGUUACCGUGGAGGCCACUGCUACUGCCAAAAUCUUCUUCGAAACUCACUUCAGGCAAAUCCUGUCCAGCCACAAGCCAAGAUCGCAGCGCAGAAAAGACCUUGAGACUGUCCUCGAAAGUUGUAACUACACCCACGCCAAGCGUCAUAAGGCUCGUGCCGCCUUCAUACGUCAAGAAAACGAAUUCCUGCGGCAGGACCGAGUACUGAAAACCAGAGCCAAUGCAAUGAAGAGGACAAAGGGCGUUUCGAUUGCCGGAUAUGAAGUCAUCAAAGUCCUCGGUAAAGGCAGCUUUGGCGUGGUCAGACUCGUGAAAGAAAAGCAGUUACAACCAGAAUCUCAAACUUUGACCAGUUUUGAGCCUACCAAGAGAGCGUCCACGACCGACCUAGCAAAGCUCAAGUUAACAGCCAGAGGAGCUUUUCCUCUUCUUGGGUAUAGGAAAAGGGAGGUCACUAAAGUAAAGAAAGAAGUUUAUGCGAUGAAAGUUAUCCGCAAAUCAGAGAUGAUCCGCAACAGUCAAGAGGGUCAUCUCAGAGCUGAAAGAGAUUUUCUGGUGGCGUCUGAGAAUUCUCGCUGGAUCGUUCCUCUUAUUGCUGCGUUUCAAGACAACAAGAAUCUGUACCUAGUCAUGGACUAUUGUGUUGGUGGUGACUUUCUGGGUCUGCUCAUCCGGAAAAACACCUUGUCCGAAGAUGUUACACGUUGGUACAUUGCUGAGAUGAUUCUUUGCGUUGAAGAAGCACAUAGUCUGCGAUGGAUCCACCGAGACGUCAAGCCGGACAACUUCCUGAUCGGCGCUGAUGGACACCUCAAGAUUUCUGAUUUCGGACUUGCCUUUGAUGGAGAUUGGGCUCACGACCAAGCCUUCUUUCACAACCACAGACACUCGCUGCUGGAGAAAUUGGGAAUCGAAGUACAAGGAGAUGAGCAAGAUAAGACUGAAGCUGAGACUGCCAAAGUGAGCCAAAAUAUUGGAAAAGUCAUGGCGCGUCCAGGUGAGUCAUCUGGAAAGGAGAAGAAGACGAAAGCCGUUGGAGAACCUGCGGACGACGAACCUGUUGUCGAUUGGAGAGACAAAAAUCAGCGCCGCAAACUUGCCCGUUCUGUUGUUGGUACAAGUCAAUACAUGGCGCCGGAAGUCAUUCGUGGGGAUUUAUAUGAUGGGAGAUGUGAUUGGUGGUCUAUUGGGAUCAUUCUUUACGAAUGCCUUUUCGGCUUUACCCCUUUCGCCUGCGAGAAUCGCCAGGAAACAAAACUCAAAAUCCUAAAGCACAGAGCUGCUCUUCGCUUCCCAGAUGAUCAAUACGGCUAUCCUUCCAUCAGCGGCGAAGUGCUUGAUCUCAUGAGAAGAAUGUUAAGCGAGAAAGAGGACAGACUCUCCAGUCCGAAAUAUUACCUUAACGACUAUGCCUACAGCCAGGCGGAAGACCCAAAUACCUACCACAUUCAUGGCCCAGCCGAUAAAUCCAGCAAGAGUUAUCAGGGCAGACACGUUUAUUCCGAUGAUGCCGAUGACAUCAAGGCUCAUCCUUGGUUUAAAGGCACCGACUGGACCCAGAUCCACAAGAAGAAGCCGCCUUUCAUCCCGAAAGUCAAAAGUUGGGAAGACACCAAAUACUUCGAUGACGAUGAAUCGGUCAGUGACACGGAGAGCUCGUCUUCUGAAGAAGAUGAUGCGGAACCUACUCCUGUUCCAGAAAAGGAGGACAUGCUCGGGGUAGGAAAUGCCAAGCAAGACCCGCAAGUCUUUGAGAACGCUGUAGCUGCAGCGGCGAACAUGGACCAUCACCAGCUCAAUGGCCACCAGCAUGAGAACCAACACAUUAUCCCCUCUAACACCACUAGAAUUAACGACCUCAUCCGCGAGCAAAACCAGAAAAUGCUCGCCGCUAUCCAACAGGGUCGGUCCCGGAUUCCCAGUCUCAGCAGUCUUACGCAACAGAACAGCACAACAAUCCAUCAGCCGCAGUUCGACGGCGACGCAGGCGCACUAGGCCCUGCAGCCGUCGGUGAGGACAAAAAGUCCAAAAGGCCCAAAAAGGAGAAAAAACGUCCUCGAGAUAAGAUCCUACGGGACCCGCUGACGGCCAAGAUUGCGCUGGAGAUGAGGCGUAAGGGUGCGUUUCUGGGUUAUGCGUAUCGACGGCCAAAGGAUGUGCAGAGUGUACUUGAGAGGGUGGAGAAUGAGGUUGAGAUUGGAAGGGCUGAGAUUGGGUGUCGGGGGUGUGGUGAGGUACAUCCUUGCACUCAACGUGGACGAAGGGGUAACGGAUACACAAAUAAAUGUGGCAAUGGUUUUGGUACUGCUGGUGGUGGGGUUCCUUGUGGUGGUGUGGAUGGCAGGAGGGAUAGCGCGAUUUCCGGGAUUGUUGGGUUAGGUUCUGGCAUUGGAACUCGCGAAAGAGCGGGAGAGCGAGCGCGAGAGGUCGAGGCAUCGAAGAGUGCUAGGGAGCGAGCAGUGGAGACAGCAAAGGGCGGAGGCAGGCGUGGUGCCCAUACCCCGAGUCCGAGAUGUAUUACUCCGGUGGAGAAUGUGGGGACUGGUUUAGGAACUAGGAGGGGAGGAUGGACACGGUUCCCAGAUGUGGCAUGA